AUGACUCAGCGCCAAGCCUGCCUUCCGAACAGAAGUCGUUCUGAACCUCAAACUGCCCGGAACGACGAGAACUCCUUCCUGACGAGCAAUUCUCCCCGCCAUUCCCCCCUCAUCCAUUCACUACUUCCCGUCAAGAUGAUGUCCCAGUCUCUCCGGGCUUCGCGCUCUCUCCUCACCCGUGCCUCUCGGCAACAGGUCCCGGUCGCUCGCACCUUCCUGACCUCCGCUGUCCGUCGCGCCGACCCCGUUCAGGACCUCUACCUCCGUGAGCUCAAGGCUUACAAGCCCACUCCCAUCAAGGCCAGUGACGCCGACGCUCACGUUCACAAGUUCACUCCUCCCAAGGCCCCUGCUUCCCCAGAGGAGGCCAACCUCGCCAGCGAGCUGUCCGCCUACGAGAGCCAGGUUGUCGAGGUUGAGGGUCAGUCCGCCGCUGGCGAGGCUGCCCCCGUUGAGGAGAACUGGUUCGAGGAGGAGGAGGAGGAGGCCCCCGCUGCUCACUAA